AUGCCCCGUCUGCAGCUCGCCGCAGCCCUGCUGCUGCUCUGCGGCUCCCUGACGGCUCCGCGAGCCCAGGAGAUGCAGCAGCCCCUGCUCGUCGACGACGAGUGCGACGCCGCUGGCGACGAGGCGUGCGGCGUGAAGAUGCUGCAGACGAGCGCCAGCAAGCAGGACGGCAAGGGCGCGGCCCCGAAGAGCAUCCCGGACCUGGCCGCGGAGGCCGGGGCGGCCGCGGCGCGCGCGGCCGCCGAGGCGUUGCUGCAGAGGCAGUCCGGAGAGGGCGCCGAGGAGCACACCGUUGACGGGGGCGCCCAGGGGUCGGGGUCGCUGGACCGCGCCACCGUGCGCAAGACGUGCGGGUCCACCGGCAGCAGGUGCUGA